AUGUAGUGCGCUUUUCAUAUAGGUACUGAAGUAUCUAUAAUAUGCAUUGAUCCUCACAAUUGUGAACGUUAAAGGAAAUUGUGUGUUGAUUGCAUCUAUGAACAUGGAGUAGAUAUUAAAAAAAACACAGUCACGGCAAAAAAAUUUCAAGAAUUGAUUAGGUAGAGAUUUAAAGAAUCUGAGGAUAAUGAAUUAUCUAACUUAUCAACCCAAAGAAUGAAUUUCAAGUCUCUGCUUUCUUCAAGUCAAAUUCUAUUAAAAUAAAUUUGUGAUGAGAUAGAGGUAUCCUAUAAACAGAUAGAUGAUAUGAUGACAGGGUUGGAAGAUAUAUCAUUUUUAAAUAUCGCUAACAAAAAUGUAAAUCCAUUAGAAUUGUCAAACACCGAGUUAGAAAAAUUGUUCUAAAUUUUUUUAGGAAAAACCUUAUAUAAAUAGAACGAUUCUAAAAAGUUAUAUUUGAAGAAUUUGCAUGAAAAAAAUAAGUGUUGUUAUAAGGAAAUUAGCUCUUUUUGUGAAAAGUUCAAUAUAGAAAUGAAACGGAUUCUGUCAUUAAUAUAAAUGACAAAUAAUUAUUAAGGAAAAAUUCAAUCUAUUACAGAAAUAGUGAACAGAAAUGCAGAUUUGUAUUAAGUAUUGACUUAUACAAAGAAUAUUGAUAGAUCUUUCCUUAAUAAGAUAAUCAUAUUGAUUAAAAAUAACAAAAUUACAAAUUUUUUAGAAUUUAUUUCUGAAUAAAAUAUAGAUAAAAGUUACGAAACUGACUUUUAUAAGAAGAAUUAUUCUACAGAAGUUUACGAAUAAAUAAGAAAUGACUUGAUUAAACAAAUAUCAUAAGAUGAUAAAGAGAUAAUUGAAUUUUUGAAAUUCUUAAUUCAACUUACUGCCAUAGAUGAGAAAUAUAUCUAAUGUGGAUCCAAUUCACUCAAUUUAUUAGUCGAAAUGAAGGCAGAUUUGAAAGAACAAUGCUUUAAGAAUAUCAGAAUUAGAGAUACUUCUUUGAUUGGAGGAAAUUUUGCAAGAUGCAAUUUCGAUGGAUCUAAUUUUGAUAAUGUCAAUGUUAAUGGGAUGAAUUUAAAUGGAGCAUAAUUGAUCAAUUGUAAAUGGAAAAACAUCAAAAUACAUGAGUUAAAUAAAUUAAAUGGUCAUUCAAAUUCUGUUAGAUCAAUUUGUUUCUCUCCAGAUUGUAUGACUUUAUCAUCUGGUAGUGAUGAUAAUUCUAUCCGUUUAUGGAAUGUUAAGUCAGGAUAAUAAAAAGUGAAAUUAGAUGGUCAUACUUGUGGUGUGAACUCAGUCUGUUUUUCUCCUAAUGGUACUAAAUUAGCAUCGGGUAGCAUUGAUAAGUCUAUUCGUUUAUGGGAUGUAAAGAGAGGAUUAUAAACAGCCAAAUUAGAUGGCCAUUCAAAUUCAGUUCAAUCUGUCUGUUUCUCUUCUGAUGGUGCUACAUUAGCAUCAGGUAGUAUUGAUAAAUCAAUUCGUUUAUGGGAUUUAAAGACAGGAUUAUAAGCAGCCAGAUUAGAUGGUCAUACUAAUGGUGUGAAUUCAGUGUGUUUCUCUCCUAAUGGUACUAAUUUAGCAUCAGGCAGUGGAGAAUCUAAUGGUAACGAUAACUCAGUCCGUUUAUGGGAUAUUAGAAAAAAAGUAUAAAUAGCUAAAUUCGAUGGUCAUUCUAGUAAAGUUAAUUCAGUCUGUUUCUCUCAUGAUGGAUCAAAAAUAGCAUCUGGUAGUUAUGAUAGCUCUAUUUGUUUAUGGGAUGUAGAGACUAGGUCAUUAAAAGCCAAAUUAGAUGGUCAUAGCAAUGGGGUUAAUUCAGUCUGUUUCUCUCCUAAUAGUACUUAAUUAGCUUCUGGUAGUUCUGAUAAGUCUAUUCGUUUAUGGGAUGUUAAAACAGGAUAAUAAUUAGCCAAAUUCAAUAGUCAUAAUAGAUAAUACAUUAGCAUCAAGUGGUUAAGAUAAAUUUAUAGGCUUAUGGAAUGUCGAAGCAAUAGAAUAUAAAAACAAAUUUGA